AUGCGCAAGACAAAAAUAAUAGUGACUAUCGGACCAUCCUCCAACGACGAGGAAACCCUGAGCAGGCUAAUCUCAGACGGGAUGGACUGCGCCCGGCUGAACUUCUCCCAUGGCACCCACGAUGAGCACGCGACGGUAAUUGAACGAAUCCGCCGACUGGCCAAGGAACAAAACAAAACAGUAGGCAUUCUGCAGGAUCUGGGAGGCAUAAAGCUACGCCUUGGUCGCCUUGCGGAAGCCCGGCAGCUAAAUCUGGGAGAUGAGGUCGUCAUCACUGCCGAUGACGAGUCCUCUACGCCGGAUAUUCUGCCCUUUCCUCAGCCCGGUGUGAUACGCAACCUGCAAGUCGGUAGUUUCGUUUUUAUCGCCGACGGCACGGUGCAACUGGAGGUAACAGAGAUCACUCCAGACCGUGCGUUCUGCCGGGUGUUGAGUUCCGGUGUAGUGUCCUCAUUUAAGGGGGUCAAUCUGCCGGGAGUGCCGAUUGAUCAACCCGUUUUCACAGACAAGGACAAGCGGGAUCUGAUUUUCGGCGUGGAGCAACAGGUGGACUGGGUAGCGGUGUCAUUUGUACGCACCGCCAACGAUAUCCUCUAUGCCAGGCGCUAUCUCAACGCGGCGGGCAGCAAAGCUCUUGUGAUGGCCAAGCUGGAGCGCGGUGAAGGUAUCGAAAACCUGGACUCUAUCCUCCCUGAAGUUGACUCGGUCAUGGUAGCCCGUGGCGACUUGGGAGUUGAAAUCCCGAUGGAACGAGUGCCGAGAGUUCAGCGCCUUAUCGUCGACAAGGCCAAUGCCGCGGGAAAGGGCGUCGUUAUAGCCACCCAGAUGUUGCGGAGCAUGGUAAUCUCACCCACGCCGACCAGGGCCGAGGUGUCGGACGUCAGCAACGCGGUGCUCGAAGGAACUGACUCCAUCCUCUUGUCGGACGAAACGGCGAUGGGUCAGUAUCCCGUAGAGGCUCUCCGGGUUGCUGUUUCUACCAUCAACGAAGCCGAGUCGGAAGACCUGUAUCCCUAUUUCAAGGACAUGGGCACUCACGACCGAACCCAGGCCAUCACUUCCGCGGCUGCAGGGCUCGUAAAGACUCUCGACUCCAAGCCCAUUGUGUUGACUAGCACCGGUCGCGCAGCACUGGAACUGGCUCGAUUCCGUCCUAUCAACGACAUCCUUGCUUUCUCCCACGACCCGGCGGUUCUGCGUAAGCUGUGCCUCGGAUGGGGAAUCCAGCCAACGGGCGUCAUACCAGUGCAGCCCGACGUAGCCGAGCUGGUGUACCAAGUAAUUCAGUCCGCCUUGGACCUUGGAGCCGUAAGCGAGAAUGACGUGGUGACCAUCGUACAUGGCUUCCUGACUGGAGUUUCGGGAACCACGAACGCAGUACAGGUCCUGAGCAUUCGCGAGUACCUGGAAAACGUGGGACGCCGUCGCGCAGAGCAGAUGGUGGAAAUGCCUCUGUAG